AAAACUGCAGUCACCAAAAUUAUGUCUUCCAUUCUUUUUGGGAAAUGUUUUGAAAACGACAGCUCUUUCAACACUGUGCUGGACUUGAUACAUCAAAAUAUUGAAAUGAUGAUGGGACCCUGGGCCAUGGUAUCCUCAAUAGGAGGGCAGGAAAAUGGUCACGAUUCCUAGAAUGCUAGUGGGAAUUUUAUCCAAUUUUCCUUGCAUAACUUUAUUUAUUUUUAAAGGAACAUCAUAAUUUUAUGACUGACUUGGAGGAGCCAGUAAGAACCAGAGUAAAUUAGGGCAUGACACCUCUUUGUUGAAAUAUUAACUUAGUUUAAUAUUUGUUGAAAUAUUAACUUAGUUUAAUAAAUAUUAACUUAGUUUAAUAGGUUAAACUAAGUUUAACUUAGUUUAAUAUUAAUUUAGCUCUAUCAAAAGGUGAACAUGAAAUAACAUACAUGAACAUAGAUAGCUGAAGGUAUUUUUUCUCUCCCAAUACACCCUACAGCGUAUAUUACCUGAUGAUCAUUUUAAUUAAUUUUGAUUUAUUUUUUCCUUCUUGGCAGCUUUACAAUGCUGUGCCCUUAGUGAGGAGGCUUCCCCUGCCCCAUCAGAGAAUGGCAAGAAAUGCCCGUAAAGUCUUUGCUUUCAUUGAAAAGGAAGUGGAAGAACACAAGAGAACCUUGAUUCCCGAAGAAUGCCGAGAUUUCAUUGAUGCAUACCUAGAAGAAAUAAAGGAGGCAGAGAGGAAAGUUUCAAGUUUUGGAGAAGAACAAUUACUAGUUUUACUGACGGACCUUUUAACUGCUGGAUCAGAGACAACGACUUCAACACUUUGGUGGGCAUUGCUGUAUUUGGUAGCCUUUCCAGAGGUCCAAGAAAAAUGCCAGAAGGAAAUAGACGCUAUUCUGGGAAGUAAUUCAAACCUGCAAUAUGAAGAUCGGGAAAAGCUGCCCUACACAAAUGCCGUCAUUCAUGAAAUCCAGCGCUGUACAACUAUUGGUCCUCUCGGAGUAGCUCACGCACCCAUCCAAAAUGCAAAGCUUUGUGGCUAUCAAAUUCCCAAGGGCACGACCAUUUUCACCAACCUCCAUUCUGUUCAUCACGAUGAAUCCCAGUGGAAGUUCCCACACGAGUUCAACCCCUCCAACUUCCUGAAUGCAAAGGGAGAGUUUGUGAAGCCGGAAGCCUUUUUGGCAUUUUCAGCAGGACCAAGGGUCUGCUUAGGAGAAAAUCUGGCUCGGAUGGAGCUCUUCCUCUUCCUCACCACCAUCCUGAGAAACUUCCGGCUAUCUUGGCCAGAUAAAUCCCAGGCACCAGAUCUCACACCUAACUUUGGUCUCACACAAUACCCGUCAAGCUUUAAAAUAUCCAUGAAAGGCCUCCAGGAGAGUGACUAGAUCGAGGGAAGGUUUUUCCAUCACUCAAAGCAAAGUCAUCCUCUCCAAAGACACUUGAAAGACCCAGAUGAAAUUCAUAGGCUACGUGGCUUAAACCAAUUACAUGAACAAAAGAUUUAUCCUAGAUGAUACGAAAAAAUUAUCUUCAAUGGUAUAAACUUGAUUUAGAAAAACCAGUCUGCCUUUCACAUUCCUUCCUUCCCUCCACCUCAUCCAAAUUUAAAUCCUGUAUCAGUCUAACAAUUCGUCUUCUUCAGUUAUUGCUGUAGUUCACAAAAGCUUAUAUCAUUUAAUAAAAUUAAAGAAACAAUCAAAA